AUGGCUGAUAGAUCAGAUCCCGGUUUCCAAAGGCCUUCGACACUAAAUCUCCAAUCAACGCCUGCGUCAGAAGGGGACGAUGUGAUAGACUCGAAGCCACAGCCGCAAAGUGGCUGCACUCUCCCCUUAUGGCGCAAAUCUCUCAUCUUAUUUGUGGUCAGCUGGAUGACAUUGGCUGUGACGUUUUCCAGCACAUCAUUGUUAACUGCCAUUCCCGAGAUUGCCACCGACUUUAUGACUACGACCGAAAGGCUAAAUAUCGUCAACGCGGGUGUUUUGAUCGCAAUGGGGUUUUCGUCUUUCCUCUGGGGUCCGAUUUCAGACAUAAUUGGCCGUCGCAAUGCCUACAAUGCCGCCACAUUCGUGCUAUGCGUGUGUUCGAUAGGCGCUGCAUUAUCUGUCAACCUCCAUAUGUUCAUUGCCAUGCGCGUGCUUUGCGGUCUUACAGGAACCUUCUUCAUGGUUGCCGGUCAGACGAUCAUCGCGGAUAUUUUUGAGCCAAAAUUUUUCAAGACCGUGCGUGGAACAGCUGUAGGGGUCAUGAUGGCUGGUUCUGUGAGCGGCCCUGCAAUUGGACCAUGUGUCGGUGGGGUGAUUGUGACUUUUGCGCAGUGGCGGGUCAUCUACUGGCUUCAGUUUGGUAUGACUGCAUUUGGACUCGUAUUGUCCUUCAUUUUCAUUCCCGAUAUUGCAAAGCCUCGCCUGCUGCUUGUCGAGAAAGGGUCCUUCCACUUUUCCUCGUAUCUUCAUCUGAUGAAUCCCUUGCGGAUUUUUCGUCCGUUUAUCUAUCCAAAUGUCCUUCUUUGCGUGAGUUUGAUAAAGACCCUACGUGACGUCGAUGUUCUCUUGGCUGACACGCAACUGUCGCGGGCUUGCAUUGUACAGCAUCUUACAUGCGGCUUGCUUGCAACAUUCCAAUACGCUCUGCUCACGUCUGCUCGCUUCAUCUUCAAUCCACACUUCCACUUGAGUACACCUCUUGUCAGUGGACUGUUCUAUCUCUCUCCUGGAGUCGGAUUCCUCCUUGGAAGUAUCGUUGGGGGCAGGUUGUCAGAUCGUGCCGUCAAGAAAUGGAUCCAAAAACGCAACGGCAUACGACUUCCUCAGGAUAGACUCAACAGUGGUCUGAUCACCCUAAUUGCUGUGCUUCCCAUUUCCACUUUGAUUUAUGCCUGGUCAUUACAACAAGAGGUGGGUGGUAUGGCUGUGCCCAUUCUCAGUGCUUUCACUGCCGGUGUGGGUUUGCUGGGCACGUUCAAUGGACUCAACACCUAUUCGGCUGAGGUCAUGCCAAAUUUGCGAUUUGAAGUGAUCAGUGGCAAGUACGUGGUUCAAUACGCUUUUGCGGCAGCUGCCUCGGCCUCGGUGGAGCCAUCCAUUGACUCGAUCGGAGUUGGCUGGACCUUUACCAUUUAUGUCUUUCUCACCUUAGUUGGUGGAUUCUGCGUGUUAGCCAUCACGCAAUGGGGCGCUGGAAUGCAGCGUUGGGUGGAAACGAGAUUCGAUAUUGAUGCGAAGCCCUCGCCUGUCAAGGAGGCUGUGACGUUGGACGUGUAG